CCCACCACCAUCACCAUCAGCAUUAUUAUUUGUUUGUUUGCACAAUGCCCGGCUUCGGAGUGCGCCUGGCGCUGCUACUUGGGAUUUUUUCGCACGUUGAAUUGCUUUCGCCGACCCUGGCGGCCGAAGAACAAAUCCUACAAAACAACCCCAAGGUUCGAGUUGAUGCUUUUUUAGAUGCACAGAAGACGUGCAGUCCCAAACAGUUUGCAUGCAAGGACCAGAUAACCUGCAUAUCCAAAGGAUGGAGAUGUGAUGGGGAAAAGGACUGUCCUGAUGGCUCAGAUGAAGCACCUGAUGUUUGUCCUCACCACAAGGAUUUUAAGUGUGCUGUGAAUGAAUACCAGUGCUUGGGAUCGGACAUAUGUAUUCACAUGAGCAAGCUCUGUAAUGGAAUAGCUGACUGUUCUGAUUCAUAUGAUGAAGGACCCCACUGUAGAGAGUUUGCAGAGAACUGUACGAAAACUGGUUGUAAAUACAGAUGUGCUGUCACAAAUGAUGGACCAGUCUGCUACUGCAACAACAGUUAUGAGUUAGCAGAGGAUGGCAAAACUUGUAAAGAUUUUAAUGAAUGUGCAAUAUAUGGAACAUGUAGUCAAACAUGCACAAACACGGAUGGGUCCUACAUAUGUAGCUGUGUGGAAGGUUAUCUGCUGCAACCAGAUAACAAAUCAUGCAAAGCAAAAAAUGAACCGGUUGAUAGGCCACCAGUGUUGCUUAUUGCUAAUUCCCAGAACAUUAUGGCCACAUACCUGCACGGGGGAAGUAUCCAUACUGUCAACCCUAUAAGUACCAAACAGACGACAGCAAUGGAUUUCAUUUAUGCUGAUGAGACAGUCUGUUGGGUCUACGUUGGAGAUGCUGCCGCUGAAACGCUGCUUAAAUGUGCCAAGAUCACAAAUCUUAAAGGAUUUACAGAUGAACGUGUGAUCAAUAUUUCACUCAGUGUCCACCAUGUGGAACAAAUGGCCAUCGACUGGUUGACUGGAAAUUUCUACUUUGUGGAUGAUGUUGAUAAUCGUAUAUUUGUGUGCAAUAAAAAUGGAGACACCUGCGUGAUAUUGCUUGAUGUGGAAUUAUACAACCCCAAAAGCAUUGCUCUGGAUCCAACUAUGGGAAAAGUGUUCUUCGCCGAUUAUGGGCAGAUUCCUAAAGUAGAGAGAUGUGACAUGGAUGGUCAGAACAGAACAAAGCUGGUCGACAGUAAGAUAGUAUUCCCUCAUGGAAUUGCACUUGAUCUGGUGAAUAAACUGGUAUAUUGGGCUGAUGCAUAUCUGGACUACAUUGAAGUGGUGGAUUAUGAAGGCAAAAACAGGCACGCCAUCAUCCAAGGACAGUUUAUCGAACAUUUAUACGGUCUCACAGUAUUUGAGAAUUAUCUGUAUGCCACAAAUUCUGAUAAUGCCAACGGACAGCAGAAAACCAGUGUAAUCCGAGUGAAUCGUUUCAACAAAACGGACUUCCAAGUGGUGACGCGUGUUGAUAAAGGAGGAGCCCUUCAUGUCUAUCACCAGCGACGGCAGUCAACAGUGAGAAGCCAUGCUUGUGAGCCUGAUCAAUUCAACAAACCCGGUGGAUGCUCUGAUAUCUGUCUUCUGGGCAACAGUCACAAAUCACGCACUUGCCGUUGCCGGUCUGGAUUUAGUUUGGGCAGUGAUGGCAAAUCCUGCAAAAAACCUGAUCACGAACUUUUUCUGGUGUAUGGCAAGGGUCGUCCUGGUAUUAUCCGAGGAAUGGACAUGAAUGCUAAAGUACCCGAUGAGUAUAUGAUACCGAUAGAAAAUCUGGUGAACCCUCGUGCUUUGGACUUCCAUGCAGAAUCGAGCUUCAUCUACUUUGCUGACACUACAAGCUACCUAAUUGGGCGACAGAAAAUUGAUGGUACAGAAAGAGAAACUAUACUAAAAGAUGGUCUCAAUAAUGUGGAGGGCAUUGCAGUAGAUUGGAUGGGAAACAAUCUUUACUGGACAGAUGAUGGUCCAAAAAAGACUAUCAGUGUAGCUCGACUAGAAAAGGCUUCUCAAACCAGAAAGACUUUAAUAGAAGGGAAGAUGACUCAUCCUCGUGCAAUUGUUGUGGAUCCAUUAAAUGGGUGGAUGUAUUGGACAGACUGGGAAGAAGAUCCUAAAGACACAAAGAGAGGCAAGAUUGAGAGAGCUUGGAUGGAUGGUACAAAUCGUAAUAUCUUUAUGACCUCCAAAACUAUUCUGUGGCCAAAUGGUUUGAGUUUGGAUAUUCCUAAUGGAGUACUAUAUUGGUGUGAAGCAUACUAUGACCGAAUUGAGAGAGUCUUCUUGAAUGGCACAGAUAGAAGGACUGUAUAUGAAGGUGGUGAACUUAUCCAUCCUUUUGGAUUUACACAUUACAAUAAUUACCUCUUCUGGACCGAGUACAGAAGUGGGGGAAUUUACCAACUUGAUCAGACAACAAAAGCUGUUACGCUUUUGAGAAGUGAAAGACCACCCACCUUUGAAAUCCGAAUGUAUGAUGCUCAACACCAACAAGGUACUAAUGCUUGUCGUGUGAACAAUGGUGGUUGCAGCAGUCUGUGUCUGGCAAUUCCCAAUGGACGAUCAUGUGCUUGUGCAGAGGAUCAGCUUCUUGAUGAUGAUAAUGUAACUUGCAAAGCAAAUCCUGCAUAUAUCCCUCCACCACUGUGCCAACCUGGAGAGUUUGCCUGUAAAAAUGGGCGCUGUAUACAGGAACGCUGGAAGUGUGACGGAGAUAAUGACUGUUUGGAUAACAGCGAUGAAGUGCCAGAAAUCUGUCAUCAGCACACCUGCCCCUCUGACCGCUUCAAAUGCCAGAACAAUCGCUGCAUCCCCAUUAGGUGGCUUUGCGACGGGGACAAUGACUGCGGCAACAACGAAGACGAAUCAAACUCUACCUGUUCAGCCCGAACCUGCCCACCCAACCAGUUUUCCUGUACUAAUGGUAGGUGUAUCCCCAUUUCCUGGACGUGCGAUUUGGAUGAUGAUUGCGGUGACCGAUCUGAUGAGCCAGCCUCAUGUGCCUAUCCAACUUGCUUUCCUUUAACCCAGUUCACGUGCAACAAUGGGCGGUGUAUAAAUAUAAACUGGCGCUGUGAUGCUGAUAAUGACUGUGGCGAUGGCAGUGAUGAGGCUGGCUGCAGCCACUCUUGUUCCAGUGCUCAGUUCAAAUGUAACAGUGGUCGCUGUAUACCUGAACACUGGACAUGUGAUGGGGAUAACGACUGUGGAGAUUAUAGCGACGAAACUAAUGCAAACUGCACUAAUCAAGCAACAAGACCUCCAGGUGGUUGCCAUGCUGAUGAAUUCCAGUGUCGUAUGGAUGGGCUGUGCAUUCCCAAGCGCUGGAGAUGUGAUGGAGACACAGAUUGUGUAGAUUCUAGUGAUGAACGGAAUUGUGAAGGAGUGACUCGUGUGUGUGACCCAAAUAUAAAAUUUGCUUGCAAGGACUUUGGAAGGUGCAUCAGUAAGACUUGGGUGUGUGAUGGUGACAAUGAUUGUGAGGACAAUUCAGAUGAAGAGAAUUGCGAUUCAUUAGUUUGUAAACCUCCUUCCCAUUCUUGUGCUAAAAACACGUCAGUCUGUCUCCCACCUGAGAAGCUUUGUGAUGGAAAUGAUGACUGUGGUGAUGGUUCUGAUGAAGGUGAACUUUGUGAUCAGUGUUCUUUGAAUAACGGAGGCUGCAGUCACAACUGCACCGUCGCUCCUGGGGACGGAAUUGUGUGCUCCUGCCCCCUUGGAAUGGAACUGGGACCUGACAAGAAAGCAUGCCUCAUUCAGAGCUACUGUGCCAAGCAUCUGAAAUGUAGUCAACGUUGUGAACAGUCCAAAAACAUAGUGAAAUGUUCUUGUUAUGAAGGCUGGAUGCUGAUGCUGGAUGGGGAGAACUGUGCCAGUUCAGAUCCUUUUAAACCAUUCAUUAUUUUUUCAAACCGCCACGAGAUCCGUCGCAUUGAUCUUCGCAAAGGAGACUACAGUGUGCUGGUUCCGGGUCUCAGGAACACGAUUGCACUAGAUUUUCACCUGAAUCAAAGUUCCCUGUAUUGGACUGAUGUGGUAGAAGAUAAGAUAUACAGAGGGAAACUAUCUGAGAGUGGAGACCUUCCAUGGAAAGUAGAAGGGAGGUCGGGGGAACAAUCGAUAGGAGGAAAGGGCGUUUCAUCACGAGCUCUUAGCAGUGUCGAGGUGGUUGUACAAUAUGGCCUGGCCACUCCAGAAGGACUGGCAGUUGACUGGAUUGCUGGCAACAUUUACUGGGUAGAGAGUAAUUUGGAUCAGAUUGAAGUGGCAAAACUAGAUGGCUCGAUGCGCACCACACUGAUUGCUGGUGAUAUUGAGCACCCACGAGCUAUUGCAUUGGAUCCCAGAGAUGGAAUUUUAUUUUGGACGGACUGGGAUGCCAGCUUGCCAAGGAUUGAAGCAGCCUCUAUGAGUGGAGUUGGACGCCGUACUAUUCAUAAGGAAACUGGGGCUGGAGGCUGGCCAAAUGGCCUGACUGUGGACUAUCUGGAGAGGCGUAUUUUGUGGAUUGAUGCUAGGUCUGAUGCAAUUUAUUCUGCACUUUACGACGGAAGUAGGCUAAUAGAGGUACUGCGAGGCCAUGAGUAUCUGUCGCAUCCAUUUGCUGUGACUUUAUAUGGAGGAGAAGUCUACUGGACAGAUUGGAGGACCAACACCCUUGCAAAAGCGAACAAGUGGACAGGCAAUAAUGUGACUGUUGUACAGAGAACCAAUACACAACCAUUUGACCUUCAGGUGUAUCAUCCAUCCAGACAGCCACAAGCUCCAAACCCAUGUGCAGCUGAUGGUGGGAGAGGUCCUUGCUCACAUCUGUGUUUGAUAAAUUACAAUGCCACGCCAUCCUGUGCAUGCCCUCAUCUGAUGAAACUGGGUGAAGAUAAGAAAACCUGCUUUGAGUUCAGGAAAUUCCUGCUGUAUGCUCGUCAGAUGGAGAUUCGUGGAGUUGACAUUGACAAUCCUUAUUACAACUUCAUUAUUUCCUUCACUGUUCCUGACAUUGACAAUGUCACAGUGGUUGAUUACGAUGCUGUGGAGAGACGGAUUUAUUGGUCUGAUGUCAGGACUCAAACCAUCAAGCGUGCUUUCAUUAACGGCACUGGAGUAGAAAUCGUGGUUUCAGCAGAUGUGCCAAAUGCUCAUGGUCUUGCUGUUGACUGGGUAUCUAGGAACCUUUUCUGGACCAGUUAUGAUGCCAACAAAAAGCAAAUUAAUGUAGCCAGACUGGAUGGCUCCUUCAAGAAUGCUGUGAUUCAAGGUUUGGACAGGCCACACUGUCUUGUCUUGCAUCCAUGGAAAGGGAAACUGUUCUGGACAGAUGGGGAUACCCUCAAUACAGCUAACAUGGAUGGAACUAACCGCACUGUUUUAUUUGCAAAUCAGAAGGGGCCUGUUGGGCUGUCUAUUGAUUAUUUUGAAAACAAGUUAUACUGGAUCAGUUCAGGAAAUGGGUCCAUUAACAAAUGUAACCUGGAUGGAAGUGAUUUGGUGACCAUAGAAACCAUGAAGACAAAACUGACCAAAGCUACUGCUCUAGCCAUAAUGGGUGACAAACUAUGGUGGGCAGAUCAAACUACAGAGCAAAUGGGUACUUGUGAUAAGGAUGGAUUGAACACUGUUGUGUUACGCAACAGUACAACUCUGGUGAUGCACAUGAAGGUUUACGACGAAGACAUACAAAAUGGUACAAAUCCGUGCAGUGAGAAAAAUGGUGAUUGUUCUCAGCUCUGCUUACCUACAUCUGAAACCACAAGAGCUUGUAUGUGCACAGCAGGCUACAGUCUGAAGAGUGGGCAGCAGUCCUGUGAAGGUGUUGGCUCCUUCCUAUUGUAUUCAGUCCAUGAAGGAAUCAGAGGAAUUCCUCUUGAUCCCAACGAUAAGUCGGAUGCUCUUGUUCCUGUAUCAGGAACAUCUCUGGCUGUCGGUAUAGAUUUCCAUGCAGAGAAUGAUACUAUAUAUUGGGUAGAUAUGGGACUGAGCACCAUCAGUAGAGCGAAGCGAGACCAGACCUGGAGCGAAGAUGUUGUGACAAAUGGAAUAGGAAGAGUUGAAGGAAUAGCUGUCGACUGGAUUGCAGGGAAUAUUUAUUGGACCGACCAAGGAUUUGAUGUUAUUGAAGUGGCCAGACUGAACGGUUCAUUUCGUUAUGUGGUUGUUUCUCAAGGACUGGAUAAACCACGUGCCAUCACAGUUCAUCCAGAGAAAGGCUACCUCUUUUGGACUGAAUGGGGCCAAUAUCCAAGAAUUGAGAGGGCACGCCUGGAUGGGACUGAGAGAACAGUACUUGUGAACGUUAGCAUUAGCUGGCCAAAUGGAAUAUCCAUCGAUUAUGCGGAAGGAAAGCUUUAUUGGUGUGAUGCACGAACUGACAAAAUUGAGAGGAUUGAUCUGGAGAUGGGUGAGAAUCGAGAGGUUGUCCUAUCCAGCCACAAUAUGGACAUGUUUUCUGUUGCUGUAUUUGAGGAUUAUAUUUACUGGAGUGACAGGACCCACGCAAAUGGUUCCAUCAAAAGAGGCCAGAAAGAUAAUGCCACAGACUCUGUCUCUUUGAGAACUGGUAUUGGAGUGCAGCUCAAAGAUAUCAAAGUCUUUAACAGAAAGAGACAAAAAGGUACAAAUAUUUGUGCCAACAACAAUGGAGGAUGUCAACAGUUGUGUCUUUAUCGUGGAAAUGCUCAGAGAACGUGUGCUUGUGCUCAUGGAAUGCUUUCAGAAGAUGGCGUGAAGUGUCGUGAUUACGAUGGGUACCUUCUGUACUCUGAGCGGACAAUACUGAAAAGUAUCCACCUCUCGGAUGAAAACAAUCUCAAUUCACCAAUAAAACCAUUUGAGGACCCUGAAAACAUGAAGAAUGUUAUAGCAUUGGCUUUUGAUUAUGGUCAUGGUGCCAAAGGAGGAAACCGAAUCUUUUUCAGCGACAUACAUUUUGGUAACAUUCAACAGAUCAGUGAUGAUGGAUCAAAUAGAAAGACCAUUGUGGAAAAUGUUGGGUCAGUGGAAGGCUUGGCCUACCAUAGGGCUUGGGACGCUUUGUACUGGACCAGCUACACAACGUCCACCAUUACACGACAUAGUGUGGACCAGAGUCGUCUAGGAGCAUUUGAACGAGAAACAGUGGUAACAAUGUCCGGUGAUGAUCACCCCCGAGCAUUUGUGCUGGAUGAAUGUCUCAACUUGAUGUUUUGGACCAAUUGGAAUGAGCAGCAUCCUAGCAUCAUGAGGUCCACACUGACUGGAUCGAAUGUGUUUGUCAUCAUUGGCACAGACAUCCGAACACCAAAUGGCCUGGCCAUUGACCAUAAAGCAGAAAAAUUGUACUUCUCUGAUGCCACCUUAGAUAAGAUAGAGCGCUGUGAAUAUGAUGGAACAAGUAGACAGGUUAUCUUGAGAUCUGAGCCUGUCCAUUCCUUUGGGCUUGCAGUUUAUGGCGACUACAUAUUCUGGACUGACUGGGUCCGAAGGGCAGUCCUGCGUGCCGAUAAGUACACUGGAAGUGACCUAAGAGUACUCCGAGCUGACAUUCCGCAACAGCCAAUGGGCAUUAUUGCAGUAGCUAAUGACACCAACAGUUGUGAAUUAUCUCCAUGCAAAGUUAAUAAUGGUGGAUGUCAGGACCUGUGCCUGCUCACCCCUGAAGGACAUGUGAAUUGUUCCUGUCGCGGUGAGCGGAUGCUGUUGGAUGAUCUCACGUGCAAUGCUCCAAACUCGACCUGUGGAAUGGAUGAUUUUGAAUGUGGAAAUGGAGAUUGCAUUCGUUACAUUCUGACUUGUGAUAAGGUGGCAAACUGCAAAGAUAAGUCUGACGAAAAGCAGUCCUACUGUGCAAAUCGAAAAUGCAAGAAGGGCUUCAAGCACUGUUUGAAUGGUCGUUGCGUUCCUAACCAGAGCUGGUGUGAUGGGGUGGAUAGUUGUGGUGAUAAUUCUGAUGAAAUCUUCUGCAACAAGACGACAUGCACUGCAGAUGAAUUUCGAUGCAGGGAUGCAAGUUGUGUGGGAAACUCAAGCCGUUGCAACCAGAUUAUUGAUUGUGAAGAUGCAUCAGAUGAGCUGAAUUGCACCUUUGUUACUGACUGCACUUACUACUUCAAGUUGGGGGUGAAAGGCCACACAUUUCACAAGUGCGAGCAGACCUCGCUUUGCUACCUUCAGGCCUGGCUCUGCGAUGGUGCCAAUGACUGUGGAGAUUAUUCAGACGAGAGAAACUGUCCAGAUCAAAGGAAGCCCAAGUGUCCUGCAAACUAUUUUGCCUGUUCCAGCGGCCUCUGCAUCCCUAUGUCAUGGUCAUGUGAUAAGGAAGAUGAUUGUGAAAAUGGAGAAGAUGAGACACACUGCAAUAAAUUUUGCGCCUAUUCGGAGUUUGAGUGUGAUAAUCACAAGUGCAUCACCAAUCGCUGGCUUUGUGAUGGAGCUGAUGAUUGUGGAGAUGGUUCUGAUGAGGACAGUCGAUGCAGUUCAGUGACUUGUGCGCCAGGAUUAUUUAAGUGUCUCGGUUCACACAUGUGCGUGCCUCAGGCCUGGAUGUGUGACGGUGAACAAGACUGUCCGGACGGAGCAGAUGAAAGUUUGGCAUCUGGCUGCCUGUACAAUAACACCUGUGAUUCUAAUGAGUUCAUGUGUCAGAACAAACAGUGCAUACCAAAGCAUUUUGUGUGUGACCACGACAGCGACUGUGGGGAUGGAUCAGAUGAAUCUCCUGAAUGUGAAUAUCCAACCUGUGGUCCCAAUGAGUUCCGCUGUGCUAAUGGAAGGUGUUUAAUUAACAGUCACUGGGAAUGUGAUGGAGAGUUUGAUUGUCAUGACAUGUCUGACGAAGCUCCCAAAAAUCCACACUGCACCAAUUCUGAGAAGAAAUGCAAUGAUUCUUUCUUCCUGUGUAACAAUGGAAAAUGUGUCAAUGAAACAGUUCUAUGUGAUAACAACAAUGACUGUGAAGACGGAUCAGAUGAACUGAACUGUUUUAUUAAUGAAUGUCUGAAUAAGAAACUUAGCGGAUGCUCACAAGAGUGUGAAGAUCUGAAAAUUGGAUUCAAAUGCAGGUGUCGGCCUGGAUUCAGACUGAAGGAUGAUGGAAAGACUUGUGUUGAUGUUGAUGAGUGUAUUACAACCUACCCCUGCAGCCAGUACUGUCUGAAUACUUUUGGAAGUUACAAAUGUGCUUGCUCCGAAGGUUAUAUCUUGAAACAAAAUGAUCAGACAAGUUGCAAAUCCACAUCAGAUGAUGAAGCCUUCCUGAUUUUUGCUAACCGCUACUACUUAAGAAAACUCAACUUGAAUGGUUCCAACUAUAUCUUGCUAAAACAAGGUUUGAAUAAUGCUGUAGCGUUAGACUUUGACUACAGGGAGCAGCACAUAUACUGGACAGAUGUAACUACCCAGGGUAGCAUGAUCCGCAGAAUGCACCUUAAUGGAAGCAAUGUUGAUAUUUUGCACCGCACAGGCCUCAGCAACCCAGAUGGACUUGCGGUUGACUGGGUGGGUGGAAAUCUGUACUGGUGCGAUAAGGGGAGGGAUACGAUUGAAGUUUCAAAAUUACAUGGAGCUUAUCGCACAGUGUUGGUAAACACGGGGCUGAGGGAGCCUCGUGCUCUAGCAGUGGAUGUCCGGAAUGGGUACUUAUACUGGUCUGACUGGGGGGAUCACCCUCAUAUCGGUAGAAUUGGUAUGGACGGCACCAAUCGUAGUAUGGUUAUCGACACCAAGAUCACCUGGCCUAAUGGACUUACGCUAGAUUAUGUCAAUAACAGAGUAUACUGGGCAGAUGCUCGAGAAGAUUAUAUUCAGUUUGCUGAUCUAGACGGCUCCAAUCGCCACAUAGUGUUGGCUCAGGAUAUCCCACACAUCUUUGCUUUGACACUCUUUGAAGAUUAUAUUUACUGGACAGACUGGGAGACCAAGUCAAUCAACCGAGCCCAUAAAACCACAGGCGCAAACAAGACUAUGCUAAUCAGUACUUUGCACAGACCGAUGGAUAUUCAUAUCUAUCACUCAUACCGACAGCCUGAAGUUUAUGACCAUCCUUGCAAGAAUGAUAAUGGUGGCUGCAGUAAUCUUUGCCUUCUGUCUCCUGGUGGUGGGUACAAAUGUGCUUGUCCCACCAAUUUCUACCUGGCUGCUGACAGCAAGAUAUGUCUAUCCAACUGCACUGCAAGUCAGUUUGUUUGUAAGAAUGACAAAUGCAUUCCCUUCUGGUGGAAGUGUGAUACUGAGGAUGAUUGCGGUGAUCGAUCUGAUGAACCUGAAGACUGUCCUGAAUUCAAGUGCAGACCUGGGCAAUUUCAAUGUGGCACUGGCCUUUGCACCAACCCUGCUUUCAUCUGCGAUGGGGACAACGACUGCCAGGACAGUUCUGACGAAGCCAAUUGUGCAAUUCAUGUUUGUCUACCGAGUCAGUUUAAGUGUACAGCAGCAAAUCGCUGUAUUCCUGGAAUAUUCAGAUGCAAUGGGCAAGACAACUGUGGAGAUGGGGAAGACGAGAGAGACUGCCCUGAGGUUACCUGUGCACCAAACCAGUUCCAGUGCGCAACAACCAAAAGGUGCAUCCCACGCGUGUGGGUGUGUGACCGAGAUAACGACUGCAUGGACCACUCGGACGAACCUGCCAACUGCACUCAAAUGAGAUGUGGAGUGGAUGAGUUCCGUUGUAAGGAUUCAGGGAGAUGUAUACCAGCCAGAUGGAAGUGUGAUGGUGAGGAUGACUGCGGUGAUGGAUCUGAUGAACCAAAAGAAGAAUGUGAUGAGAGAACUUGUGAGCCUUAUCAAUUCCGCUGCAAAAAUAAUCGCUGUGUCCCUGGUCGCUGGCAGUGUGACUACGACAAUGACUGUGGGGAUAACUCAGACGAGGAAGGCUGCACACCACGGGCUUGCUCGGAGAGUGAAUUUGCCUGUGCUAAUGGCCGUUGUAUAGCUGGCAGAUGGAAAUGUGAUGGAGACCAUGACUGUGCAGAUGGCUCGGAUGAGAAAGAUUGUAUGGUCAGGUGUGAGGCUGACCAGUUCCAGUGUAACAAUGGACACUGCAUCCCACAUCGCUGGCACUGUGACCAUGAUGCAGAUUGUAUGGAUGGCAGUGAUGAAGAUAACUGUGGCUCUGUGGUGAGAACAUGCCCUUUGGAUGAGUUCCAGUGUAACAAUACGCUUUGCAAGCCAUUAGCCUGGAAAUGUGAUGGAGAGGACGAUUGUGGAGAUAACUCUGAUGAAAACCCAGAGGAAUGCUUGAAAUUCCAGUGCCCUCCUAACAGGCCCUUCAGGUGCAAAAACAACCGGGUUUGCUUGUGGAUUGGUCGCCGAUGCGAUGGUGUGGACAACUGUGGGGACCAGUCAGAUGAGACCCAGUGUGAGAAGCCGACAGAGAAGCCCAAAGCCUGUGGGAAGGAUCAGUUCACAUGCUUGAAUGGCAAAUGCAUCAAUCAGGAUCAUCUGUGCAAUAAUUGGGAUGACUGUGGAGACGGGGCAACAGAUGAACAACACUGCUCAAAGAAUCCACAAUGUAGAAGCAAUAAGGCUAUGUGCGGAGAUGAAGCCGAGUGCAAAGAAAACAAAAAAACAUCAUACUGUGCCUGCAGACAUGGAUUCCAGUACAACAAUGAUAGAAAACAGUGUGAAGAUAAUAACGAAUGCUUGCAGUUUGGUGUCUGCUCUCAGUAUUGUAACAACACAAAGGGCUCCUACAUUUGCUCGUGUGCAAAGAAUUACAUCAAAGGAAGGAACCACACCUGCAAGGCAGAAGGUUCUGGGAAUCAAGUUCUCUACAUUGCCGAUGACAAUGAAAUCCGCAGUCUUUAUCCGUUCAAUCCCAACUCAGCAUACGAACAGGCCUUCCAAGGCGAUGAGACAGUGAGGAUCGAUGCGAUGGACGCUCACGUCAAAGGCAAUAAAAUCUUUUGGACUAACUGGCACACGGGCAAGAUCUCCUAUCGAGAGCUCUCGCCAUCUUCAUCAUCCUCCAACAGGAACAAGCGGCAGCUGAACAGUGGCGUCAAUGACUUGAAUAUCCCAGGCCUGAAGAUGCCGAGAGGUAUCGCAGUGGACUGGGUUGCUGAAAACAUUUACUGGACAGACUCUGGGCGGGAUGUGAUUGAAGUGGCGCAGAUGAAUGGGGAAAAUCGCAAGACGCUGAUAUCUGGGAUGAUUGAUGAGCCCCAUGCAGUGGUCGUCGAUCCGCUCAGGGGAACUAUGUACUGGUCUGAUUGGGGUAACCACCCAAAGAUCGAAAAAGCAUCAAUGGAUGGCACUUUGAGAAGAACUUUGGUGGAAAACAACCUUCAGUGGCCAACAGGCCUAGCGGUGGACUACUUUAACCAGCGGUUGUACUGGGCAGAUGCUAAGCUCUCCGUCAUAGGUAGUGUUCGUCUUGAUGGCAAUGAUCCUGUGGUGUCAAUAGACAGCAAACAAGGCCUGAUUCACCCAUUCAGCAUUGAUAUCUUUGAGGAUUAUAUAUACGGGGUGACCUACGUUAACAAUCGUAUAUUUAAGGUGCACAAAUUUGGACAUGAUCAGGUUCAGAAUCUGACAUCUGGACUGAACCAUGCCACAGAUGUUGUCUUGUUCCAUCAAUUCAAGCAACAAGAUGUAACUAAUCCAUGUGAUAGGAAGAAAUGUGAAUGGCUUUGUCUGCUUAACCCAAAUGGAGCAACCUGCACAUGUCCAAAUGGAAGAAUAAUGAUCAAUGGAACAUGUGUUGAAACAACAUCGCCAACAACAUCACCAGAUACACCUACCAUCGGUACCUGUAGUUUGCAGUGUCUAAAUGGGGGUAGCUGCUUCCUGAAUGAGAGAAGCCAACCCAAGUGCAAGUGUCAGCCCCGCUAUACCGGAGAGAAAUGUGAAACUGAUCAAUGCCGGGACUACUGCCAGAAUGGAGGGACUUGCACAGCAUCCCCAUCAGGAAUGCCAACCUGUCGCUGCCCAAAUGGAUUUACAGGAUCCAAUUGCAGACAAAAAGUGUGUGAUGGCUACUGUAAGAAUGGCGCUACCUGCACAGUGAACUCAGGAAAUCAACCAAACUGCCGCUGUCCUCCCAACAUUGAGGGCGAGAAGUGUCAAUACAGCAGAUGUGUUGGUUAUUGUGAAAACUCUGGAAAGUGCCGUUUGACCGAAGACAGUAUUAAAGAGUGCGUGUGCCCUGUGCAGUAUGAAGGUGACAAAUGUGAAGUAGAUAAGUGCAAUCGCUGUAAAGGUGGUCCCUGCAUUGUGAACAGCGGUGGUGAUGUCAUUUGCAACUGCACUGAUGGCAAAGUUGGCCGCAGCUGUUUGACCUGUGACAAUUAUUGCCAAAAUAAUGGAAUUUGUGAGAUGAAUCCGGGCACAGAAAUACCAGAAUGCAGGUGUACGUCUGCAUGGACAGGAACCCAGUGUGAAGUGUCCAGUCCUCAUACCCGAUCCAGUCUGCUGGGCGGAAAAACUGCAUCAAUAAUUGUACCAAUUAUUGUUUUGAUCCUACUAAUCCUUCUGGCUGUUGCUGCUGUAUUAUGGUACAAAAGAAGAAUGAAAGGAGCAAAGGGCUUCCAGCAUCAACGUAUGACAAAUGGAACAAUGAAUGUAGAAAUUGGAAAUCCCACUUAUAAUAUGUAUGAAGCUGAACCUGACGAUGGUGCCGGAGAACUGCUGGAUGCGGACUUUGCUUUAGAUCCGGACAAGCCUACAAAUUUCACCAACCCAGUUUAUGCCACACUGUACAUGGGAGCACACAAUAGUCGGAACUCUCUUGCCAGCACAGAUGAAAAGAAGGAGCUCCUUUCCAGAAACAGGGACGAAGACCUUGGUGACCCACUGGCAUAGACUCAGAAGACAUCCCAAUAAUUUUUUUUAGGAACACUGUAUAAAUGUACAAAAUGAAGGACUACUUUUGUAUGUGACUACAGUAUUAUAUUUUUUUUGUUUUUCUUUCAUUACCGCUACCUCUGUGUAACGUAUCAGUGGUCUUGUCAGAAUUUGUACAGACGCACUCUGGUGUUUUGUAGCGAAAAAGAAGCUCAAAUUAUGAUCACACAUGCAGACGGGAGACAAGGGUUUGUGGAUAAGGACUGGGUGUUGAAAAAAAACAAGACUGUUAUGAUUUUACUUUUGUUAAAUGUGUACAGAGAGGAGGUUUGAGACCCCAGAAUGAACUGAACCCUAAACCUGAGUUUGCAGACACCUGUACUAUACAGAAUUUUAACACUUUAAAGAGGCGGUCAGAAUUUUAAAGCAUAAAUGUUUGAGGAAUUUCUUUUCCUUGUUCUGAACAAAUUUUAUGAAAUGAAGAAAUCAUCUUCUGUUUUUAAGAAGUGUCUUGGAUUGUGUGUUCGUGUAUUGCUUUUUUUAAAAAACGAGAAAGUAAUGGAGAUUGUUUUUACUUUGAGGACAGAGCUCGAUUGUCCCAGUAUCAGAAGAGAAACAUCAGGCCAUUCCAUGCAAAGAUUCCUGUAGAGAAUUAAUGUCAGUAUUUGUAGGGACUAUAACGUAUGUCCUGAAUUUUGAUAUGUAAAUCAAAAAGCGAAAAAAGAGACUGCAGAGUACAUGUGUUAAAGCUUGCCCAAUGCAGGUUAAAAUCAAGGCUUUUCAUAAUGCAUUUUCUAAAAUAAACAUUUUUAAGGGCAUAAUCAUGUUUUCAUGUUAAGCAUCAUAGACUUAUACAAAUAUAAAAAUUAUUUUAAAUUCUUGAAUUCAAAGCAAGGGCUGUUUGCUAAUAUGUCUUCAUUUGCUUUUUAGUCUUUCAAUGUAUUUUCAGUUUUUAUUCUUUUUUUCCCCGUUGGUGAUGUUAAAGCUGGAACUUGUACUUCUAAUUUGGUUUUUUUUUUUGUUUAAAUUUUUAGUGCUUGUGAACCAUUCCAGAGCGGAUUCUUCCCUCUUUUUUGUUUUUCUUUAAUUCUUAGGGCCUUUGCUGCUAAGCCAGCUUUGUUGGAACAUUAUCGAACUCGGCUUGUUAUUAAUUACUACAGCUGAGCUGCUGCUACUACUGUGUUUGACGUAAUCAGCCAUAUGUAAUGCAUGUAACUAGUACAACUUCGAAAAACACUUCGUACCCUCUGUUAACUACAGCAUUCAUAGAACUGUCUUUGUAUCAGAAGAACGUACAAUCAUUCCUACUUGAGUUAAAUCUGUCAAACCUGUAAACAUGCAUUUUUUGAAAAAAGUUUUAAAUUAGCUUUUUUUGUUUUUGAGUAGAAAAAUGCAUGUGCUCAGUCCUUUUUGGAAAAAAAUGUUUAAUAAUUUUUGCUGGAAUAUUCUACCACUAAAUAACACAGAUAUUGUUAUAAAUAAAAAAUGUACCUAACUUGUCA